AUGACCGCGUCCGCGCGUACUUUAGGUACUUCCGCGGGGCCUGCGCAGCGCGCGGCGCCCGCGUUCGCUGCGGCUGGCGGAGCGGCCGGCUCGGCCCGCCCAGCUGCGGGGCCUUACACGCCGCGGUCCGUUCGCACCCUUGUGGAUCAAGGUGCGCAGACCACGCUCAUUUCUGAGUCGUGCGUCCAACGUCUCGGCCUGCCGCGGUACUCCGCUCCCACGGGCACCACUCUCACCGGUAUUGGUGGCGAAGUCCAGCCACGUGGUUACGUGUUGUGCGAGGUCACACCUCACAACAAACCCGAGCCGAAGCUUCACAUCGAAGCUUAUAUCUUAGCUGACUUGACAAGCUACACUGCUUAUAUUCCUAAAUCAAUUGGGAAUAUUCAUAAGUUUCAACACCUUCAAAAUCUUGAUCUAGCGGACCCAGAACUGCGCUCAACGCGGCCUGUUGAACUGAUACUGGGAUCUGAGUAUCUUGAUAGCAUACUGCUACUGGAUAAUAUCAAGGGUCCACCGGGCACACCCGUGGCCAUUAACAGCAUUUUUGGUUAUCUGAUAGGUGGUCCAAUUUCAUAUGAAAGUAUGAAACGAUUAAGUGUCAACUUGAGUACUUGCCAACUUGACAUGAAACUUCAAAGGUUCUGGGAGUUGGAAUCCAUACCAGAACAUCCACAUCUUACAAAAGAUGAAUUACGCUGUGAGUCGAUCUUCGUCGAUACUCACACACGAGAUGCAAAUGGGAAAUAUACAGUUUCCCUACCAUUCAAGGAGAAUGCUCCGCCCUUGGGCGAGUCUCGUGCUAUAGCUCUCUCACGCUUAACUAAACUAGAGGCACGCCUGUCUCGCGACCCUGCCUUGCGUGAGAACUAUAAUAAAUGUAUCCAAGAAUACUUAGACUUGGGACAUAUGGAGCCAGUCACUGACUCAGCGAGUCCUGGCACUCCCCCCUACUAUCUACCUCACCACGUCGUGGUGAAGAGUUCCACAUCCACUACGAUUACUGCGAAGAGUACGAAGUAUCGUAUUGUGUAUGACGCUUCAUGCAAGACUACAUCAGGUCGUUCUCUUAACGAUAAUCUUCUCACUGGUCAGAAAUUGCAGCAAGAUAUUUCUGAUAUUUUACUGAAGUACAGACUUCAUAAAAUAGUCUUUACGGCAGACCUCAAAAUGAUGUAUCGCUACAUCGGUCUUUGUAAAGAACACCGUGACUUCCAUCGGAUUCUUUGGAGAUUCUCUCCCCAUGAUCCCGUAAAGGAAUAUCGUAUGUGCUCUGUCACAUUUGGCGUCGCUUCCGCGCCUUUCUUAGCUUUGCGAACACUUCGUCAAUUAGCAAUUGAUGAAGCUGCUAACUUCCCACUUGCCUCGCAAGUACUCCUUAACGAAGUAUUCGUUGAUGAUGUCGUUACUGGAGUUGAUACGGUUGAAGAUGCUAUCACUCUUCAGCAUCAACUAACUUCCAUUUGUAAAGCAGGAACCUUCGAACUCCGCAAAUGGACCAGUAACAGUUCUGAGUUUUUAUCGCAUUUAAGCGAUGACGCUUCCAUUCAUGAUGACGCUCUCAUUUUGUCAGCACUCGACACUGAUGCUUCUGUCAAGGUCUUAGGGCUUAAGUGGAACCCUAAAUCCGACGUCUUUUCCUAUCAAACGGAUGGAGUGGCUAACUCACGCAAAUGUACGAAACGUAUAAUGUUGGCAGAAAUCGCUAAGAUUUACGAUCCCCUCGGAUUUCUAAGUCCAGUGACCGUAUUCGUGAAGCAUUUAAUCCAACUUUUAUGGGUAUCAGGCUCAGGUUGGGAUGCUGCCCCUCCUCAGGGUAUAUGUGACUUGUGGUUUCGGUUCAUCGACGAACUGCCGCUACUACAAGACAUUGCGUUACCUCGUCACGUGCUUCCUAGCACACAUCAAGUGUCAUUUCAUGGCUUUUCAGACGCAUCUGAAAAGGCGUACGCCGCCUGCGUCUACAUUCGUGUCGUUGACUCGAACGGUGCCAUCAGCACCCACCUUCUCAUAGGUAAAACAAAAAUUGCGCCUUUGAAACGGCUUACUACCCCUCGAUUGGAGCUAUGCGGUGCUCAUCUAUUGUCAAAAUUGAUAAAAAAGGUCCUCACUGCUUACAGCAGUAGAUUGUCUUUCGACCAAGUCUACGCUUGGUCCGAUUCCACUAUAACUCUUGCCUGGUUACGUUCGUCUCCAGACAAGUGGCGGACAUACGUGUCUAACCGCAUCGCGGAGACAACAAGCAACGUGCCUGCCUCUCAUUGGAACCACGUUCAAUCCGCAGACAACCCCGCAGACCCCGCGUCUCGUGGUGUUCUCCCAUCUCAGUUGAACCAUCAACUAUGGUUCACGGGACCUGCUUGGCUCCGUAAAAAUGAGUCUGAGUGGCCUAAGACUAACGUCGUAUGCCACACCGACGAAGAACGUCGCAAGCAUGUUCUUCUCACACAAACCAAUGAACCUAAGAGCUUAGAGUUCAUUGAGCGAUUCUCAUCGCUUCCAAGGAUGCUACGCGUCAUUUCGUAUAUGUUUAGAUUCAUAAAUAAAUGUCGUAAAGCCAAUAGUCCUACGACUAAACAUGUCACAGUUCCUGAGACAAAACAAGCUCUCAGUCGAAUUAUAUCACUUGUCCAAAGUGAAUGCUUUUCUGAAGACAUCUCGCGUCUUAAGGACGACGACAGAUGUACAAAACGUCUUCAGAAACUGAAACCUUUCUUGGACGAUGCCGGACUCCUCAGGGUCGGCGGCAGAAUAAAUCGGGCCAACGUACCACCUCUCUGUCAACUUAGUAAUGAUCCUACUGAUCCAUUACCCCUUACUCCUGGACAUUUCCUCAUCGGGGAACCAUUAACGUCUUUACCUGAAUUUGACUUGUCUAACGACAACCCAAACCGCCUCGCUAGAUGGCAGGUUAUUCAACAAGCUGUUCAACAUUUUCGGAAACGCUGGAACGUAGAAUAUUUACACCAGCUACAACCAAGAGGUAAAUGGUUCCACGACAAUAAUAACACACCCCUUCGGGAGGGUUCUGUAGUUGUGUUGAUAGACAACACACUGCCACCACUACAAUGGCGUCUCGCGCGCGUGCAUCAACUGCAUCCCGGCGCCGACGGUAUUACCAGAGUCGUAACUGUACGCAUCGGUAAUACUCUUACCAAGCGACCUGUAGUUAAGGUCUGCCCACUGCCUGUUGAAUAG